AUGGAUAAUCUGGCGGAAUAUCUUGUACGUUCAGGAGUGAUAUGCAGGCUUAUAUGUAUUACGGAUACUGACGGUAAAAAUUCCUAUAUUGACAUGAAAUUGAAGGAUCAUGAUGAUACCAGUGGUCUACAGGAGUGGAUAUUCGGCCGGAGAAUUGAAGCAUGCGAUUAUACUUUACCUACGCGAAGCAAUCGUAUUAGUAAUAAGCAUUUCAAGUUAUGGAUGAAUACCCGUGAUCGUAAUAAAAGUCAUGAUGCCAACGUGAUGAUUCAGGAUACCAGUACCAAUGGCACAUGGAUCAAUGGUUCAAAAUUGAUCAAGGGUGCCAACUAUAUAUUAGCGCAGGGUGAUGAAAUUAGCAUUGGAAUAGGCGUUCCUGCGGAUGUAAUUAGGUUUGUGGUUCACUUCCCUAAGUAUUCCGGUUUCAGUAAUGAAGAAGAUAGCGGGUUGCAAGAGACUUUUGGAGGGACCAAACUCAAGCCAGAGAAACAGGGUAAGGAAAUUACCACAGUACCAUUGAAUAGACGGGCGUCAGAGCAUCAUCAGCGGCCAAAGACUGGAAUAUUGGCAGACUUUAUAAUACGAGACGAGAUCGUGGGGUCUGGUGCGUUUGCUACAGUGAAGAAAGCCAUAGAGAGAAGUACUGGAGAAACAUAUGCUGUGAAAAUCAUCUCUAAAAAGAAGGCUCUAACUGGGGCUCUUGAAGGUGUCAGUAAAGAGCUAAGGAUAUUACAGAAAUUGCAUCAUCCCGGUAUUGUUUCCUUGAAAGCCUUUUAUGAGGACGAUGACGAAGAUUACUUGGUAAUGGAAUAUGUUCCCGGUGGAGAUUUGAUGGAUUUUGUUGCUUCUUAUGGUGCUGUCGGUGAAGCAGCUGGACGUGAAAUUGCACGCCAAAUACUGUUGGCGAUCAGAUACGUUCAUUCAAAGGGCAUUUCCCAUCGUGAUCUUAAGCCCGAUAAUAUAUUAAUAGCUCAGGAUGAUCCUGUGACGAUUAAAAUUACUGAUUUUGGUUUGGCUAAAGGUCAGGACAAAUCAAACAUGUUGAAGACUUUUUGUGGAACUCUUGCUUAUCUUGCGCCCGAGGUUAUUACCGGUAAGUAUGGGCCGCGUAUAAGUGGUAAGAAGCGAUACUUGGGUAAUGGUAAGAGUUUAGAGGAUUCCUACUCGAACAAGGUCGAUAUGUGGUCCAUUGGUUGCUUGCUCUUUGUCAUUUUAACUGCGCAUCUACCGUUUAGUGGAUCCACACAGGAGCUUCUUUUCAAAAAUAUUACGGCCGGUAAUUAUCAUGAGGCGCUCUUGAAGGAAAAUGCCGUCUCUCUUGAAGGCCGGGACUUUCUGAACAGGCUUUUAGAGGUAGACGUCUCUCUUAGGAUGAAUGCAAAAGAGGCUUUGAAUCACCCUUGGAUCCGGGAAAUCUGCCCGGAAGAUUCCCAGAUCAGUUUAUCUCAGAGUCAGUCUUAUCAACAGAGACUCUCUCAACAGAUGUCUCAACGCGUUGCUGCUAGGGCUGACGUUAAAGCUGCAGUUACUUCCAACUUGCGUGUUAGUUCACACAACAGCCAUCACGAACGAAUGACCUUCAAAGUUCCGGACAUCCCGAAACCUUCUCAACGUGCUGCUACUACCAAUAUUAGUGCGGGUUCUUCUUGCAGUUAUAUCACCACUGAUCCUGUCUGUGAAAAUGAUGUGGAGACGGCCAACUCUACAGCAUCCAUAUCUGCUCCCCUAGAUAUAAUUAGGACCGAUGUACAAACCCCUCCGGGGACGUUUCUUUCUUUAAAAUUGAUUUCUUCAACAAAGGAUAUCAAGCUCAAGCCACAAAUACACAUUAGACAGGGUAAAACAAUGUUCUACUUUGGUCGUUUCAACGAUCUUGAUUGCACCAUUACAGAUGAACGGAUCUCAAAACUCCACUGCAUUUUAAUGAAGAAGAGGCAUCCAAUUCAGCAGACUUCUAUAUUUGAAUCGCCUGCUAUGGGAUUAGAAGACAUUUGGCUGCUGGAUUUGAGUACUAACGGCUGUUUCAUUGGUGAUAGAAAAAUUAAGAAGGGACAUAAGGUGAAAAUUCACAACGGAGACCUUAUCAGCCUAUUUAGAGACAAACAGAAAGGUGAUGGAUUGACGUAUCAGAUAAUUGUUAACGAUGGUACCGGCCUAUUUCACAGCGGUGAAAGGGAUUCUGAGGUAUGUGAGGAUGACCCGAUUGAGCCUCUGGAUAACUUCGAUAUCAAACUGGCAAAGGAUAAAAUCACUGCUUGCUUGAAUAAUGGAAAGUUUGCAUCGUCGUCAUCGAAGCGGAUUCACAAAAGGAAGCUUACUGAAAGUAGUCAGCCUAACUCAAUUGAUGAUGGCUCUCAGAGAUUGAAGAAGACCAGAAGGGCAGACUUGGUCGAAUAA